UAAAAAUACAAUCUACAGUUGCUACAUUACCUUAUAAUGCAUUCCCUGCCUUGCUCGGUCGGCGACCUCAGAUCAUUUGCCCGCCAUUGAGCUGCUCUUUCUAUCUUCCAUCUCUCUUCCGCCAUUUCUACCUGUAAAAUGCUGCGAAACCUUCAGACACGUCGUCGCGGUCCCUAUGGCGCCUACUUUUGCGCCUUCGCUGCCGCUUUGCUGCUUCUAUUUUCAGUCUCCCUCCUUUACACUCGCCUCUCUCGCUCUCAGUCACACACUUACUCUCGUCCCAUGUUUCCUAAAUCCCUAGGCAACAUUCUGGUCUCUGAUUCUGAUGACGACAGCGAUGUUAUUUUGGGCACUACUGCCACCGAUGAGGACAAGAUCGAUGAGCUCGAUAUUGUGGACGAGGACGUCCAAUCUAGGGCAUCCGCCGAUGAGGAAUUGGGAGAGGAUGAAGAUCAGUCUGAUCAGGUCAGGGUUUCUGGAUUUUAUUUUGACCACGUUAGUGGAGCCAUUAGGAAGGUUUUUGAUAACAAACGUUCGAUCCAAGAUUGGUCUGACGAGAAUUCUGGUUUUCCUGUCGGAUUAGGUGAAGAGGAUCGCAGUAAAGCUGCGUUUAGCUCGGAUGAUGUGCCGGUUGACGAAGAGGUAAGGAGGAAAUCAAGGGAAAUGACUGGGAUCGAGGACGCGCUUUUGUUGAAGGUGGGUGGAAGAGUUUCGCCCUUAAGAGAUGGGUGGGGAGACUGGUUCGAUAAGAAGGGCGACUUUUUGCGGAGGGAUAGGAUGUUUAAGUCCAACUGGGAAGUUCUGAAUCCGCUGAAUAAUCCCAUUUUGCAAGAUCCGGAUGGUCUGGGUGUGGCCGCGCUAACGAGAGGUGAUCGAAUCGUGCAGAAAUGGUGGAUGAACGAGUUUAAAAAAGUUCCGUUUCUUGUUUACAAGCCGUCAGGUGUUACACGGAAGGUCUUUAAUACGGAAGUAGAAAAUGGCAAUGUGGACGCAAGCAUCAAUAAGAGCGGGAGCCUAAGUGGUCACACUGAUAUAAACGUAAUGGACAAUGGUAAGGAAGCUUUAAACGAGAUUAGGACUUCAGAUGAACACUCCGGUAAUAACCUUUGGAUGAAGAAAGUUAUCAAUUUUGAUGAAGGUUCGAGUUCACAUUUCAAUGGCUAUAGGACUUCGAUAUCUAGGAGUACUAAGAAGGAGAAGAGUCGGGAUACAAGCGCAGAGAACGCUGAUGUAGCAGAUAAAGUGAUUCUUACAAAGGGUGCAGGAUCUAAACCGAGGGUUAUGCCUCAUAUUUUGACUAGUAUAUAUGCAGAUGGCAGGCGAUGGGGUUAUUAUCCUGGUUUACAUCCGCAUCUAUCUUUUUCUCGUUUUAUGGAUGCAUUCUUCAAGAAAACUAAAUGUGAUGUGAGAGUUUUUAUGGUUUGGAACUCACCUCCUUGGAUGUUCGGUGUUCGGCACCAACGUGGGCUAGAGAGCGUGUUCUCGCAUCAUCAAAAUGCAUGUGUUGUUAUUUUCUCGGAGACAAUUGAGCUUGAUUUCUUCAAAGAUAAUUUUGUGAAAAAUGGUUACAAAGUUGCGGUUGCUAUGCCAAAUCUUGAUGAAUUAUUGAAGGAUACACCAACCCAUAAAUUUGCUUCCAUCUGGUUUGAAUGGAAAAAAACAAAGUUCUAUUCUAUUCACUACAGCGAGCUUGUUCGUUUGGCUGUUUUAUACAAGUAUGGUGGAAUUUAUCUUGAUUCUGAUAUUGUAGUCUUGAAACCUCUAUCCUCGCUUCAAAAUUCUGUUGGGAUGGAGGAUCAGCUUGCUGGAAGUUCUUUGAAUGGGGCAAUAAUGGUAUUUAGAAGGCACAGCCCCUUUAUAAUGGAGUGUUUGAAAGAAUACUAUUCGACUUAUGAUGAUAGAAGUUUUAGAUGGAAUGGGGCCGAGCUCUUGACCAGAGUUGCAAAGAGGUUUUCCAAAGAAGUGCCUAUAGAACAGUUUGAGCUUAAUGUGCAGCCAUCUUUUGUGUUCUUUCCCAUUGCCUCACAGAAUAUCACUAGCUCUUGCAGGAGGCACAAAAUCGCAUGAAGAAGUAUUCUGAUGGUAAGCGGAGGGAAGUUAACGUUGAGGGGACAUUGGGGUUUCUUGAAGGUUAAGCCCUAUCCGUUAGCCGAAAGGACAGCCGAAAGGACGAAAUGAGAAGCUGACUCCAAAAUUGUUUGGGUCUUACUGUGUUGAGGAACGUAUUGGGCUAGUGACGUACCGUUUGAAAUUUGCCUAAGGAAGCAAUGUUUCAUCUCGUCUUUCAUGUGUCUCAACUAAAGAAAGCUGUGGGCCGUGACAAUGAGAUUCAAACGGGCCCUCCUAUUCUCUCGGAUACCUUCGGGGGCUGAUGAGUUACUUGUGAGCUGGAAAUUCUUUUCCUGAACAUUGAGCUACCCGGAUGAAUGGUAAGGUACUGCUCUUACGUUAUUCAAUAUACUUGGAAAAGGAGAGAAAAAAAGCACCAAAAUACAAAAGCUCCCAGUCAAAUCGAGAGGGCUGGUAAUCUCUCCCCUGUUUCUUGAGAACUCUCUACAAAAAUGCAUAAAAGGCAUGGCACUACCCACCCCAUCAAAAUAUACAGAACAACUCUCCCUCACUCCAGUGCAUUCUCUCUACUCUCCCUCACUCCAGUGCAUUCUCUCUAAAGUAACUUGCACCCCCAAUACCCUUCUUACCUUUAGUGUAUACUGAAUUUGGAUCAGGGCCUAACAUCACCCGUGGGUCACACGAAUAUUGUCUUCAAGGAUGUAAUCAGGCAGGGUGGAAGUUAGUUUAGAGCCCGGGUGGAAGUUCGUUUAGAGCGGAUGCACUGGAGUGAGGGAGUGUAGUUUUUGAUGGGGGUGGGUAGUGCCAUGCUUUUUAUGCAUUUCUGUAGAGAGUUUUCAGGAAAAAGGGGAGAAAUUUUACCAGCCCUCUCGAUUUGGCUGGGAGCUUUUGUAUUUGCCUUGGUGCUUUUUUUUUUUUUUUUUUUUUUUUUUUUUCCUUUUCCAAGUAUAUUGACUAACGUAAGAGCAAUACCUUACCAUUGGGUUAUUCAAAUACUUAACCACUCACAUUUUUUAGGGAUUUUUAGGAUGGCUUUCUAUAUAUAUAUUUACAUUUUUUAGGGAUUUUUAGGAUGGCUUUCUAAAUAUAUAUUUACAUUU